UUGACUUCAUCGCACCACGAGGUCAGGGCAAAAUGACUCUCAGGUGGACAGCACACGUAGCCGAGGGAUCGGUUCGCCCGCUGCCAGUUGGCUGCCAAUGGGUGCGGACAGCUCCAACUCCCGCUGCAUCUUGCAUACUCGGUACAGCACACCGACCCAAACACCAGCGGCUUGUCCUGAGAAUGUCCUGUUCAUUUCUUAACGGCAGGAUCCGAGCUAUGGUUUCCUCAUCAGUCUAAUUGUUGUUUCCCAGCCACCUGUCGAGCUCUCUAAUUUCGCUGCCGGUCUCAACUUGUUCGUGUGUCAAAUAUCCAGGUGGCAGGGCGAGGGGAGGCUGGUACCUCACCACCUUCCAGCGCCCAAAAACAACCUCACGCUUCUGCCCAACGCUAACUCUCAUCUUCAAAUGUUUCCUACUCUCGUACUCUAAUUCUUGUUUAUUGCUGUUCUUUGGAAAGUCAAAGGUUUUCGCAGACCCGUUGCGCGGCUGGACAACGAAAUAUUGCUUCAACAACCCAGCCUCGACCUUCCCACCGAAAGGAACAUACACCCAAUGCGAAUAUAGCACUCAAGACACCGAGCUGCACCUUCUUGUGACUGCGAACCGACGGCCGGCUCUGUGUUGCAGCCAUGCGACUCCACGAGAUGCCUGCGUCGCUGACCUCGCUCCUCCUCACCGCCCUUCUCUCACGAUCCGUUAUUGCAGGGCUCUUGCCCGAUUUCCUACAGAGCUUUGAAGACUUCCAAGAUGUCGAGAAGAGAUGUGAAAACCCAUGCGGAUACUAUGGGCAGCUAUGCUGUGAAGCUGGCCAGGUCUGCUACACUGAUUCCAACAACGAGGCCCAGUGCGGAGCUGGAGCCACGACAACCGCCGCUGGGCAAUGGGAAUACACCACCGUCACCUUCGUGCAGACAGAUCUCAAGACUGUCACCUCGACCUACAGCUCGUAUGUGGCCGCGAGCACCAUCAGCUGUUCAUACUCUCUCGGAGAAACCCCCUGCGGCAACGUAUGCUGUUUGUCAGGACAAUUUUGCCAAUCUGCGGGAAUCUGUGCAGCCGUGGGUGGGGGAAGUUCCGGAUACUAUAGCAGCCUCUACACCGUCACCACAGUCAUCACCAACACCGCGAGCGCCCCACUCCGACCAACCAGCAACACCUUGGUCACCGUAACGAGUAUUGGAGGUGCUACUACCACCGCACCUUUCCAAACGCCUGUCGGAACGGACGGCAGCAUCAUUGUUGGACCUUCGUCGUCCAGUUCCGGUGGUGGACUAAGUGGAGGUGCGAUUGCCGGCAUUGUCAUUGGUGUCAUUGCUGGCAUCUUUCUCCUCAUCCUGUUCUGCGCCUGCUGCAUCUUCAAGGGAUUGAUCGAUGGACUAUUGGCCAUUUUCGGUCUCGGUCCCCGACGAAGGCGCACCGAGGAGGAGGUGUAUGUCGAAAGGCACUCGCACAGGGAUGGAAGAGGACGAAGAACGUGGUUCGGCACGAGACCCGCGAGAUCCGAGGUCGUGGAGGAGAAGAGGAGAAGCGGAUGGGGAACAGCAGGCUGGAUGGCUGCGGGAUUAGGGGCUCUAGCCCUGUGGCUUGGGCUGAAGAGGAGAAAUCGACGUGACGAUAAGAGCAGCUCGGGCUACGGCAGCUCCUACUUUUCCGAGUACACGGUAUCAAGUAGUGAAAGUUCCUCGGACCGAAGAACGAGACGAAGCAGCAGAUCAAGAUCGAGACGAUGAAAUGUAGAUGACGAUUCCAAACUCAUUGGUGUUUCUUAGCGGAGCAUAUUGCAUUGGGCGGAGAACCUUGGGAUGCCCUGGAUCUGACAGUCGGACAUAGGGUGUAAUCGAAUGGAAGCCAUCUUACAGUGGACGGACGAGGCUUGUAUAUGGAAAUGAGUAUGGAAUAUACAAUGAUGGACAGAACGCACAAAUGAGAUCAUCUUGAAACAAACAAUAUGGAGACACCGAGAACGGAAACUGAUCGUUUGCCAAUCUAAAGAAAUAUGCGGCGAGUGUUUCCCGGAUGUAUAGUAUUUUGCUA